AAUGAACGAACACGCACUGAGCUGCUGCUGCUGUUGUUGCUGUUUCUCGACACCAUCGUUGUUACCGCCAAUUCUGACAUCACUACACUGCUACCGCCACCACCAUCAUUACUACUCUCAACACUAAUACACUUUGGUCUCCAUCAUUAUCAACACCAAUACUACGUAAACACCCAUCACCCCCUCUCACACGACCACCACUACCAGACACAUCUACCACAGCAGCCGCCACCACCACCACCACCACCACUAUCACUAUUGCCAAAGCCGCUGCCACCACAGACUGACAUUAAUACGGAAACAAUUCCAUUUACCACAUUACACAAGUACGGAAGCAAGCAACAUCAUCAUCGUUAUCUACAACCUAAAGAGGAACGAUCCUCUACGAAAAUGGCUCGACCUGCUAAAAUUAGAAGCCAAAUUUUCCUCAUAUAUUGCCCCAACUUUGUUAUAAACAAAUAAACAAACAGGAAAGCCUCAUUGUACAUUGUGUAUAAAUCUCUGACACAUAACAAGCCAAAAUGUUCACAUCUGGAUCGCCUGGGGUUAAUCAGCAACAACAAACUCACCACCAGCACCACCACCACCACUAUGACUAUCAGAAAUAUGGUCAACCCUAUCGUAUUGCCUACCCCCAUCACUGACUAGUAUUACUAUUACUGUUUCGUUAAACAACCACCUCUAUUUCUACUACAAUACUACUACGUUCAGUAGUAGUAAUAAUAAUAGCUGAAUUAACAUUAUCGCCUUCGCCCCAUCCACCACCACCAUCAUAGCAAAAGCCGUCACUCUACUACUACUACUACUACUACUACUGGCUUAGUUAACCAGCAUUACUACAACCUCCUCUAUAAUCUAUACUAACACCGUCACCCUCGCCGCUAUCACAGUUCGGUUCCUCCGCCGCCACAAAAGCCACAUUAUUAUCAACACCGUUUUCUUAGAGCUUCUCCCUGGUCGCUGGACCUGUUAGAAAUAGCAGCCAAUAUUUCUUCGAAGCAUACACAACCACCUUUUAAAGAAAAAAAUAAAAGAAAAGAAAACAACAACGAAAGAAUGACAUCGUAGCAUGUAAUCGUAAAUAUGCAGAAAAAAAAAACUUGAUGGCCAUGGCUGGAAUGCCGUUGAUCAUAAAAGUCUGUAGCGCUCAGUGAGCAACAACAGGGUGCUAACGAACGUCUGUCUUAGACAGCAUCAAUUACUAAAACCACUUUUCUACUGCUGCUGCUACUCUACUAUUACAACUACUACUACUACUACCACUGCUGCUGCUGCUACUACUAUUACUACUAAUACUACUUCUACAGUGCUACUACCACCGUUCAGUGCUGCCUCCACUUUCCGACCACUUCUGUCAUCACCAUCAGCGCUUCUAUAGUUUGGUUGUAUGUGUAGUAGUGGUGAUUGCUGCUUGGUAAACACAGCAGCAAGUCUUUUUUAGAUGUUAAGACAAACUAUGUCUUGUCUUGUACCAUGGAUAGGUUGCUGUGUGGAUGGUCGAUUCUGCUGUCUUUACCUGACGCCAGCCAGUUUGAUGGAAGUUAGCUAACAAUGGUGGGUAGCAGGUAUUUUUCGACCUCACCAAAUGGCAAGGCUGUUUUUCAUUCUGAUAUGAAUUUAAACGACGUGUGAAAAAAAAAGGAAAAAAAAAAAAAAACUCUCAAAAAACAAGGAAAUAAUAGGAAAAGAAACGUCCGGCGUUAAAUUAUUUACAAGGAAUAUUUUUACACACACACACACACACACACAUACAGAUACACAUGCUCGUCUACAUAGGCGCAAAGGAAAAGGAAAAAUAUGUAUUCGUAUUUAACGACGAUGGUAUCUAUACUAUAAAUGAUAUAAAUAAGAGAAAGUCCUAUUUAUUAUUAACGAGACAUGAAUGAAGUUUUGUCUCAUAACUGCGUUAUGCGUAAAACGUUUUAUUAUCAACUUUAAUUCACUUAAUCAUCAGAAUAAAAAUCAACACGUCACAGACCGAAACCAUCGUGGAUUUUGUGAAAAAUGGUAGCUCGAUAAUAAUAUAUAUAUUACAGUAUUUCUUCUCACUAAAUUACAUCAGGAUUGUGAUAAACCAAACAGAAAGAAAAAAAAAACAUCUUAUAACACCUCUUACUCUCUCUCUUUUCUCUCUCUCGUUAUUUCUCUCUCCCUCUUUCUCUUUCUCUCUCACCUAUUCUCUAUAUCGACUUGGAGGAGGAUACGAAAAGGUACCAGAAGGACUGCUACGGUUUGUUAUAUUUUAUCCCGGUCAGUGUUUGGCUAGAAAGGGAAAAUAUUGAAGGUAGACAGGAUGUCACUAGCUCCGAGUGCUCAGCGGCAACACUGUUACCUGUGUGAUUUGCCCCGAUCUCAAUGGGCUAUGUUACAUGAUUUCUCCGAGCAUGUUUGUCGUGGUUGUGUGAACUAUGAAGGCCCUGACCGGAUCGAGAUGGUUAUUGAAUCGGCUCGUCAGAUGAAGAGAGCUUAUGGAUUCCAGGAUGUGAAACCUUACGUGAAGCAACCACCACCUCCUCCUGCAGGGGUUCCACCCAGGAGUUUGCAUGACGCACCCCCGACACAUCACGCCAGUAUGGAUUCGCGAAACCACGGUGUUGCUCCACCACCUGGGGCUAUGGAUAGAUACCCGCUACAUGACAACCGUGUUGUUGCUAACAGUCGAAUGAUGGAAUACAAACAGUCACAACAAAGAAUCCCAAACCCUGUCCCUCCUGGUGUUGGAAUUCAUCAUCGGAACGAUCCGGAGAGCGUAGCAGAGAUGCAUCGUGGUAAUUCAGCUGGGAUAGGAGUCCCCAUGAAUUCCCGCAACGGGCAUAUGCCACCGUCUGGUGUUCCGCCUCAUCAUAUGGGUUUAUCUCACCUCACCAAUAUACAAAAUUCGGUGCGAAGUUCAGGUCCAAGCGCCGGGCCUAACCAACCGAUUGGAAUAAUGAAUGGUAAGCGUGCUGCUGACCACGAAGAUGAUGACAACUCUAAUCAUUCCAGUAGCGAUGACAUAAAACGUGGGUCACCGGACUCAGACCCUAACAAUCGGCCUGCUGCCGUCCGUGAAACUAUCUCGGUUUUGUCUACGUGCGUUCCAUUCGAGGUUCGCUUCAAGAAAGAUCACAAAUUAUGUGGACGGGUCUUCAGCUUUGAUGCCAGUUACAAACCAGGUGCUGAAUAUGAAUUGAAGAUUUACAUUGAAUAUCCUUCUGGUUCCAAUAAUGUCUACAACAGUGCUUCAGGUGUUGCCAAACAGAUGUACCAAGAUUGUAUGAAAGAUUUUGGCAAGGGCUUGUCAUCAGGUUUCAAAUAUCUCGAAUAUGAAAUGAAACAUGCUUCAGGAGAUUGGCGUCUGCUGGGAGAACUCUUACCUGAAUCCGUUCGAUUUUUCAAAGAACAAAUCAAGAGGGAAACGCUUCCAACGCCGCACAUUGACACCAGCCUGCCACCUUUGCCAACUUAUGCAGCUCGUGGACUUCCUCCUCCAAUAAAACAGUGCAUAUCUAUGCCGACGCAGCGCAUGUAUUCGGAUAACCAAAUACGCAAACGCAAGUGCAGCCCUGAACCCGACAGUGAUAUUGGUGGUAAAUUAACAGAUGAACAGCAUAAACGUCAACAGUGGAUGCAGAACCAGGCUGAGGCCCUGAAACUAACUAUUGCAACUGCUGGCUACGGGUCAGGCCCGCCAAGUUCUACGUCUGUGUCACCAAUGAGCAGCAAUUUAACACCUACACCUCCCGACGGCAACUCAAAUGCCUGUCAAGGGGGCCCAUCUCCAAUGGCUGCACUAAUGAACGUUACUGAUAACUUGACCCCUGCGUCUCCGAGCCGGGGAGAGAACAUUCAGACACGUUCCCAUGGUUUGCGUCACAGUGCCCAUUCCCCAAACAGUAAUCUACAGAAGAACCGGCCAAAUCAGGCAGCACCAGUAUCAGACAGUGGUGUUGGCAGUACAAUGCCAGAAUCAACUGUACCAAGCACAGAAUCCCUCAAAUGCACUAUAUGUAACCAACGUCUUGAAGAUACGCAUUUUGUCCAGUGUCCGUCUGUAUCGGAGCACAAAUUCUGUUUCCCUUGCUCUAGAAACAGUAUUAAGGAGCAAGGGGCAGGUUCCGAGGUUUAUUGUCCCAGUAAAAAUAAAUGUCCAUUGGUUGGAUCCAAUGUCCCUUGGGCUUUCAUGCAAAAUGAAAUCGCCACAAUUUUAGGGGAAGAAUACAAGGAACUAAAAAUUAAAAAAGAGAGGGAUACGUAAUGACUGAGAGGAUGGAGAAAAGAAACAGCGAAAAUCUUUAAAAAAAAAAAAAAUUUUUAAAAGAAAAAAAUUUUAAAAAAGCAGGAAAGCAAAGAAAUAACAACACGAUAAUAAUAAUAAUCAUAAUAAUAAUGAUAAUAAAAACAACAAAAACAAUAACAA